AUGUUUUCGCAAUUCGGAGCGACGGCGGAGUCGCUGAGCAAGGCGUCGACGAUGGUGUUCCGGAUCGGCACCGAUGCUCAUCUUUACGACGAUCCGGAUGACGUCAGCAUCGCUCCACUCCUUGACAGCAAGUUCGACUCCGAGAAAUGCGAGGCCCUCAAGAGGUUGCUUGCGCUCAUCGCCCAGGGCUUUGACGUCUCCAGUUACUUCCCUCAGGUGGUGAAAAAUGUGGCGUCGCAGUCCCUGGAAGUUAAGAAGCUCGUUUACUUGUAUCUCCUGCACUAUGCUGAAAAGCGGCCAAAUGAAGCGUUGCUGUCGAUAAAUUGUUUUCAAAAGGACUUGGGAGAUCCUAAUCCAUUGGUAAGGGCACGGGCACUCCGUACAAUGGCAGGCAUCAGACUGCACGUGAUUGCACCUCUAAUUCUGAUGGCUGUGGGAAAAUGUGCCAGAGAUCCAUCAGUUUAUGUUAGAAAGUGUGCCGCAAAUGCACUGCCGAAGUUACACGAUCUGCGGUUGGAGGAACACACAGCUCCAAUAGAAGAGAUAGUUGGGAUAUUGUUGAAUGAUAAUUCUCCUGGAGUAGUUGGAGCUGCUGCUGCGUCAUUUGCUUCUGUUUGUCCCAAUAAUUUAUCUUUGAUUGGAAGAAAUUACAAAAAGUUGUGCGAGACUCUUCCAGAUGUGGAAGAAUGGGGUCAGAUUGUUUUGGUUGGGAUCCUUUUACGAUAUGUAGUUGCAAAGCAUGGGCUUGUUGAGGGAUCCAUAAUGUUAUCUUCGCGUUCUCUUGUGAAGUAUAAUUCAGAAAGGGAGGACCUGGAACCUCAUCUUGCAAUGACAGAAAACCCUGGUAACAUCAGUGGUGAGAUAUGUUCUGAUAUAGCAGAUGUAGUCUCCAGGAGUUACCUUGAAGGGCCUGAGAAGUACUUAUCUCGGUUAAGUUGCAUGGAUAAGAAUACUUCUUCGAUGGAUAUUUCCCAUUUUACCUCUUCCAAAAGCAAUGAUGAUGUGAAGAUUUUGUUGCAGUGUACAUCACCAUUAUUAUGGAGUCAUAAUAGUGCAGUAGUACUGGCUGCUGCUGGGGUCCACUGGAUCAUGGCACCAAAGGAGGACAUUAAAAAGAUUGUGAAGCCAUUGUUGUUUCUACUUAGAUCAUCUAAUGCUUCAAAAUAUGUGGUCCUCUGCAACAUUCAAGUCUUUGCCAAAGCAAUGCCAUCUCUAUUUGUUCCCCACUUUGAAGACUUUUUUGUCAACUCUUCGGAUUCAUAUCAAGUAAAAGCUCUGAAGCUUGAGAUACUUUCCUCAAUUGCAACAUCUUCAUCAAUUUCUGCCAUUUUUCUAGAGUUUCAGGAUUAUAUUAGAGAUCAGGACAGGAGGUUUGCUGCAGAUACUGUGGCUGCAAUCGGUUUAUGUUCACAGCGACUUCCAGAUGUAGCUAAGACAUGUUUGGAAGGGCUGUUGGCUCUCGCUUUAUCUGAAUCCUCAAAUAAAGACGUUGCAUCAGCAGAUGAGGAAGCUGUUUUAGUUCAAGCAAUAAAUUCUAUAAAAACAAUUAUAAAACAAGAUCCUCCCAGUCACGAGAAGGUAAUUGUCUUUUUGGUACGAAGCUUGGAUUCAAUCUGGGCACCUGCAGCACGGGCAAUGAUUAUUUGGAUGGUGGGUGAGUACAACAAUAUUGGUGGUGUCAUUUCAAAAGUACUACCAACGUUAUUUAGAUAUCUUGGUGGACGCUUUACUAUGGAAGCAGCUGAAACAAAGCUCCAGAUUCUUAAUGCCUGUGCCAAGGUUCUCUUACGUGCCAAAGGGGAAGACAUAUCAAUAUUGAAAAAAAUUGGAGGAUAUUUGCUUGAGCUUGCCAAAUGUGACAUUAGUUAUGAUGUUCGCGAUCGUGCUCGUAUUUUCAAGAAUCUCCUGUCACACCGUAUAGGAUCUCCUUACUUAGAAGAAGUACAGGACCAACCAGAAAUUAAAGACCUCACACAUGUACUUACAGAAAGCAUAUUUGGGGGACAAACAAAACUGCCAUCUUCUGAGCCCUUAAGCUAUCGAUUUUAUCUACCUGGAACGCUUUCGCAGAUAGUGCUUCAUGCAGCUCCAGGAUACGAACCUCUGCCUGAGCCUUGUAGUCUGACUUAUGAUGAGAGCUGUGAUUUUUCAACUGAUGUGCAAGGAAUAAAGACGCCUGGAGUUGGUGCUGCACAUAAUGAACCAAAUGAAAAUGAUGAUUCCGAAGCUGUAUCUGGAUCUCUGGAUGAAGAAAACACGUCUGAUUACAGUUCGCAAGAAUCUAUGGUUGGUUCAAGUGAAAGCGGUGGAAGCUAUAUCAGCGGGUCUGCUAGCGAUGUUAAUGACAAUGCUGGACCUUUAAUUCAUCUCUCAGAUGCUGACCUUACUCAUAGAAAUGUGGCUGAGGUUUCAGAGGAGAAUGAUCCCUCUGGCUCUAAUGGCGUUGAUGAAUUGAUGUCUAAAAGAGCUCUUGAAUCAUGGUUGGAUGAAAAUCCUGGUUUGAACCAAAAUUCAUCUGAUCUAGGUCAUGUGCGAAAAUCAUUGGCCAGAAUCUCAAUUAAGGAUAUAGGGGGCCUAGUUAAACCUAAAUCUUAUACAUUGUUAGAUCCUGCAAAUGGAAAUGGGUUAAGUGUGGAUUAUAUAUUUUCAUCUGAGGUAUCUAGCGUAUCUCCACAGCUUGUAUGCCUACAUGUUUCCUUUAGGAACUGUUCAGAGGAGCCCAUGUCAGACAUCUUACUUUUUGAAGAGGAAUCCAACAGAAGUCCAGAUUCUUCAGACCAGUCAGUGAGUGAAAGUUCCCCGGUCUCUCGUAGCGAAGUGUCAACUCUAGUUCCUAUGGAAGAGAUUGAUAACCUGGAGCCUGGUCAGACUAUGAAGAGAAUUCUCCAGGUUCGCUUCCAACAUCACCUGUUGCCUCUGAAGCUGGUGUUGGUGUGUAAUGGGAGAAAGCACCUGGUGAAGCUGCGACCUGAUAUUGGCUACUUUGUGAAACCUCUACCGAUGGACAUUGAAGAAUUUUCACACAAGGAAUCUCAUCUUCCUGGGAUGUUUGAGUACAUAAGGAGGUGUACUUUCACCGAUCACAUUAGCGAGCUAAAUGACAAAUAUGAAAGCUCAUUAGUUAAAGACAAUUUCCUUCUAAUCUGCGAGAAAUUGGCACUAAAGAUGCUUAGCAAUGCGAAUCUGUUCCUUGUUUCUGUGGACAUGCCUGUUGCUGCCAACCUUGAUGACCUUUCAGGUUUAUGCUUAAGAUUUAGCGGUGAGAUAUUGAGCAACACAAUGCCCUGCUUAAUCACACUUACCCUCAAAGGUACUUGCUCUGAACCACUUGAUGUAUCGGUGAAAAUCAACUGUGAAGAAACUGUAUUUGGUUUGAAUCUGUUAAAUAGGAUCGUAAAUUUCUUGGCCGAGCCCACUCCAUGA